AUGGGGAGAACAACUGUUGCUGAGCAACAAGACUCUAUUUCUGUUCCUGUCUUUCCCUCUGACACUCUUAGAAUGUACUUUCAGGCAGAUGGAAUGUUGAAUGAAGCUGAAAUUCCAAAGGUGAGUAAGGCAUUAGAGGGAGCUGAAGGCGUUUCCAACUUGAAGGUUCAAGUCCUUGAGGGUAUUGGUACUGUUGAGUUAACUAAACAGACGACAGUCCAAGCUACCGGAGUGGCAUCCAAUUUGGUGGAGCUCAUACAGGGUGAAGAAUUCAAGUUACAGACAUUAAAUUUGAGCUUCGAUGAUGAAGAAGACAUUCUUGCGCAGAUGUCGUAUUUAGAUUUUGAAAAACUUGUCGUUGAAGUUCUCUGGCUCCUUUCUUUUGAUUCAUUCUGGUUUUCUUUUCUUCUAGUAGUUUAUGGUUUAGGUUAG